CCGGAAGGGGGAAGUGAGUCGCGGGCCGCGCGCGUGUCCCGCCAGCAAUGUCGGCGAACCAGCAACCUUUCGAGUUCCAUGCCAAGCGGCACUGGCGUCCCAAAGAGGUGACAGGAGAUCCGGAGGAGGAAGACGAGGAGGAGAGCGACGAGGCCAAGAAUGGCUUCUCCCUGGAGGAGGUGUUACGCCUCGGAGGCACCAAGCAAGAUUAUCUCAUGCUGGCUACUUUGGAUGAAAAUGAGGAGGUGGUGGACGGAGGCAAAAAAGGAACAAUUGACGACCUUCAGCAAGGCGAAUUGGAGGCAUUCAUUCAAAAUCUUAAUUUGGCCAAAUACGCAAAGUCUUUGAUUGAAGAGGAUGAACCAGAUAAAAAAGAAAAUGCUAGCAAAAAAGAAGAAAAAAUACUGAAGGUAGAAAGUAAAAAACAAAAAGCAACAGAAAGUAAAACUGCAUCAGAAAAAAAGGUGAAAAAUAAGAGUGUACCAGAACAUCAUGCAGAUAGCAGUACCAUCCCCAAAACAAAGAAAAAUAAACAACCUGAUGUGUUCGAGUUUCUUGAGAGACCAACGCUGUUAUUCAAACCUGGAGGCAAGUGGUAUGACAUGGAGUACAGCAACGAAUAUUCCUUGGAACCCCAGGCUCGGGAUGUAGUGUCUGAAUACAAAGCCCUGGCUCAGAAGCUUUAUGAGCAUGAGGUCAGCUUAUUCAAAAAUAAGACAAAUAACCAAAAGGGAGGUUCUUCCACCUGGAUGAAGGCAAUUGUGUCGUCGGGGACACUGGGUGACAGGCUAGCAGCCAUGAUCCUUCUGAUCCAGGAUGACGCUGUUCACACACUCCAGUUUGUAGAAACCCUCUUGAACCUGGUGAAGAAGAAGGGCAGCAAGCAGCAGUGCCUCAUGGCUUUGGAUACGUUCAAGGAGUUACUCAUCACAGACCUUCUGCCAGACAGCCGGAAGCUCCGCGUCUUCAGCCAGCACCCUUUCCACCAACUGGAAGAGCUGUCCAGCGGCAACAGGGACUCGAGAGACAGAAGACUCAUACUGUGGUAUUAUGAACACCAGCUGAAGCACCUAGUGGCAGAGUUCGUGCAGGUCCUCGAAACGCUAAGUCACGAUUCCUUGGUAGCCACUAAAACCCGAGCCCUGGUAGCUGCUCACGAGCUUCUCUGUGAUAAGCCCGAGGAGGAAAAGGCUCUUCUCGUGCAGGUGGUCAAUAAGCUGGGAGAUCCUCAGAACAGAAUCGCCACAAAAGCUUCCCAUCUGUUAGAGGUGUUGCUGCGGAAGCAUCCCAAUAUGAAAGGAGUCGUGUGUGGAGAAAUAGAAAGGCUACUCUUUCGCUCAAAUAUCAGCUCCAAAGCUCAGUAUUAUGCAAUUUGCUUUUUAAACCAGAUGGUCCUCUCCCAUGAAGAAAGUGAGUUGGCUAACAAAUUAAUAACUCUUUAUUUUUGUUUCUUUCGGACUUGUAUCAAGAAAAAAGACAUUGAAUCAAAAAUGCUCAGCGCCAUUUUAACAGGAGUGAACAGAGCGUAUCCUUAUUCCCAGAUAGGCGACGACAAAGUGAGGGAGCAGGUGGACACUUUAUUCAAAGUGCUGCAUGUUGUAAAUUUUAAUACUAGUGUGCAGGCUUUAAUGCUGCUUUUCCAAGUGAUGAAUUCUCAACAGACAAUAUCUGACCGGUAUUAUACAGCAUUAUACAGAAAGAUGUUGGAUCCAGGGUUGAUGACAUGUUCGAAGCAUGCGAUGUUUCUUAACCUUGUCUACAAAUCUCUGAAAGCAGACGUCAUGUUGCGCCGGGUGAAGGCUUUUGUGAAGCGGUUACUUCAGAUUACUUGCACACAGAUGCCACCAUUCAUCUGUGGAGCAUUGUAUCUUGUGUCGGAGAUCCUUAAAGCAAAACCAGAUUUAAGAAGCCAACUAGAUGAUCAUCCGGAUUCGGAUGAAGAAAACUUUGUUGAUGUGGGCGAUGACAGUGACGUAGAAAAGUUCACUGAUGCAGACAAAGAAACAGAGGUUGAUGCGGUGAAGGAAGUCGGGGCGGAAGACACUGGGACUGUGAGCGUCACAGAAGCCGAGAAACCGAAGGCUGCUUCCUGGGUGCACUUUGACAACCUGAAGGGUGGCAAGCAGUUAAAGACAUAUGAUCCAUUCAGUAGAAAUCCUUUGUUUUGUGGAGCUGAAAAUACAAGUCUUUGGGAGCUCAGAAAGGUAAAAUAAUUUCAUCUAUGUUUUAAUUUGUUAGUGGUACAUAAUCUUCCUUUCAUGGCUUAUAACACAUUGAAACUUUACUUGUAAAUGAUGAAGUUAAUAUGAAAUUACACAUGGGCAAAAUAUAGUGUGGUGUGUUUAUUUUACAGAAACUUUUGUGCAUGUAAAUAAAAAUACCAUGCCUGGCUUACAAAUAAGAAUGUAGAUUGUUGCAUGUAGUUUUCUAUAAUGUGUGCUGCAGUUGUAUGAGAAUAGAAAUCUUUUACUAAGUUGUUCUGUAAAUGAAGAAGAGGAAUUGGGUUUCUAAUAGCCUUCUUGUGAUCAAAAGACUAAGUUUCUUCCUAUGUACUUAAUUCUUGCAAUGUGACCACAGAUCCUCACACCACUCCAUUGAAUCUCCAAGAUCACAGCUAAUGGCCUGGUGGUACCAGGGUAUCAUUUUCUUGGUAACUGUGCUCACUAUAGCACAGGUGAUAUAAAAAGAAAAUGCGGUGAACUGCUAAUGCCCUGCUACAGUUAAAGAUGGUGACACCUAGCUGUGUUUGUAGCCAUUAAAUUCUGUUUGAGUCUUCUCUGCUUGUACUUGUAGAAUAAAUAAGGGAAGGGGAAGCCAGUAUCACCUACAAUGGUAAAGCAAGUAUUGCUUUCAUUGUCUUGACCUUAAAUACAUGCCAGUGUUCCCUGUGUAUAUGGCGAGUGUACAUACCCAUUCCUGCUGUGCACCAAAGUGUGAGGGUCAAACUGUCUCAAGGUAGAACUUGGUUAGCUGUUCCUGUCCCAUAUAGCUGCUUCCUGAUAGACUGACUGGCAUGCUGUUUACUCUGAGACACAUUUGCUUGUAAAUAAAGUAAUGGAUUCUUUUGCUUCAGGCAAAACAACUAAUAAUAUUUGCUGUCAGUGACAGAAUUUACUCUCAAAAGGAGGAUGACCAUUGGGCUCUCAUAAGCAGUGCCUUUGUACAGAGGGGUCAGACCUCUGUACAAAGUUUGCUGAUAAAAUUAGUAAUCACACCAACAGUGCAAUUUUGUGCAAUUUGGAGAAACUGCCCAACUCAUCCAGUGUUUUUUAAAUGACCAAUGUACAGUGUUGCAUAUUCACUUGUAGGUAAGGUCUACAUUCUUGGUAGACCAGUUAACUCUAAGUUAAACAGAUGCCUAAGGCCAAUUGGUGUGGUUGAUUCUACCCUGCAGUUAAUUUCCCUUUCCAUAUACCAUCACAGAAGAAAAUCCCCACGUAGGUGAAAGACUUGUUAAAUCCUUAAAUUCUUUUUUCAACCACAGAUCUGUUUGAGGCUAGAUUCUCUUUGUAUAUGUUCAAAUAGUAUGGAAUACAGGAAAAGAUUUAAAAAUGGAUUAUGUUCUACUCACCAAACACAAAAAUAUUAAUUAACUAAUAUUUGCAAAAUGAGUUAAUGCUUCUUAAUUUGUAAUUUUUUCUUCUGAAAAAAAUACUUAUUUUUCAUGAACAUGUUUACAUAAAUAUCUAGUGGGUACAUAUUUAUUAUUUUCAUUUUAUGCAGGUGAGUAUUUUGCUUCCAUGUAUGUAAGUCUACCCACAUGCAUACCUAGUUCCCAAGGAGGCC